AUGGUGACCACGGCAAAGGUUCCACAGUCACUCUCGUCUAUAUUAUCGUCAAUAACAUCCUCAAUAUCACUGCCAUCAUGGUGGACCUCCACUAGGUCAAAUGUCAGCCCGGGCCGACUAAAGCUAGAGACGCGGGUGCCGGCGCGGCCAUACCACGCGGCUGUGUGGCCCUCAUAUGGCACCACCACCCCCGUCCCUAGUCACCAACAGAGCCUCGCCUAUUCCCCAUUCAGAUUCGAGACCGGUUACGCCUUACGUGCCAAACGCCCUUCCCGCCCAUUUCCCCCACCGUUCCUGUCUCCGCCGUCUUCAUCCUUUUCCGAUCCUUUAACUACCCACUCCCUGAACCAGGAUAAGAGAUUAUCCGUCAAGGGUGAGCUGAUCCGUGGCUUGAAUAACGGGGACGAUGCGGUUAUCGUUGCCGAGAACUUUCUCGGCGUGGAUGACGGAGUAGGCGCUUGGGCGACGAGACCCUGUGGCCAUGCAGCUCUUUGGUCUAGGCUUCUACUGCAUUUCUGGUCUCUCGAGAUCGAACGCAGUCUCACCCCAACUGCUCUCCCCGACCCCGUGGGAUACCUCCAAUCAGCCUUUGAGGAAACCAUCCGCGCAACCAGUACCCCAAAUGAAUGGCUCGGAACCACCACAUCUGCCACAGCACUCCUUCAUUGGACGAAGGGUAACGAUGGCAAGAAACAACCCCUCCUCUACGUGACGAAUCUGGGCGAUUGCAAGAUUCUCGUCAUUAGACCCAGCGAGGAGAGACUUGUCUUCAGCACAACAGAGCAAUGGCACUGGUUCGACUGCCCAAUGCAACUGGGCACCAACAGCAUCGAUACACCUCGUAAGGACGCCGUGAUGACAAAGGUCCCCUUACAAGAAGAUGACAUCGUGCUGGCCGUGUCGGACGGCGUCAUGGACAACCUGUGGGAACAUGAGGUUGUGACAAACAUCCUGGACAGUCUCAAGAAAUGGGACCAGGGGUCUCAAGAUACGACCGAGCUGGCCUCGUCGGAUCUAUCGAAUGAUCGCAUGGUUUACGUGGCGAGGGAGCUGAUGAAUGCUGCUCUGGUCAUUGCUCAGGAUCCAUUUGCGGAGAGCCCAUAUAUGGAGAAGGCCAUUGACGAAGGCCUUGCCAUCGAAGGAGGAAAAAUGGACGAUAUUUCCGUCGUGGUUGGUUCUUGCCAGAAACGCACUGGGUGA